GCACCGGGAGAGCCCGGCACGGUGGCACGGCGGCUUCUCUGCCGCCUUUCCCGGCCGGGAAUGCAGCCCGGAACCACCAGGAGCCUUGUACGGAGACUUCAAGGCACAACGGUCCGAAACCCACCAGGGGCUGCGUGUCCCCAAAGGGAUUUGAAGCUGGGCCAAGCAGCGAUGGAAACGUCAUUGUCGCGGCACAGGGGCCCAGCGAAGUGACCGCGGAGCAGGACAUCACUGCACCGAGCUCUGCUCCACAGCUGGAGAGAGGGACGGCCCCAAAGAGCCGGGGGAGAGAGGGCAGCAGGAGGACCUGGGGCUCAUCCGCGCUCCUGUGGGCUGCAAAGAUCACGGGACGACACCUGGGGGCCAGGAGCUGUCCCACCACCCACUUGGGGUUUGGGACGUCGGCCUUGCAACUGGACUCCAAUCCCAGCCCGAUGAGGAGCCAGGGAGGUGCAUGAACCUAUGCAGACCAGGAAGAAAUACAUUUUCCUGGCUCUCCUUGCCUCUUGGCUCCUGCUCUUCUCCUUCUUCGGAGAUCAGCUGCGCCGUUUCGCAUUCUUUCCCGGGAGGAAAGCCGAAGCCCAGAGGACUUGGCCUCGCUGGACGGAUCAGUCCCUUCUCAAAACCUUUGCAGACCCCGGGGAGCUGCAGGGCGAUGGGGACCCCUCCCUGCCGUCACCCCGGGAGCGGCGGGCGGCGCGGCUGAGCGUCUACAAGAGCAGUCGGUGCCGGAUGGAGACCUGCUUCGACUUCUCCAGGUGCCAGAAGCACGGCUUCAAAGUCUUCACCUACCCCCGGGAGAGGGACCAGCCCCUCUCGGAGAGCUACGGCAAGAUCCUCUCCUCCAUCCAGCGCUCUCGCUACUACACCCCGCGCCCCGAGGAAGCCUGCCUCUUCAUCCUCAGCAUCGACACCCUGGACCGCGACCACCUCUCAGGCCAAUACGUCCGUGAUGUCGACGAGAAGAUCCGCGGCUUCCCGCUCUGGAACGGCGGCCGGAACCACCUCAUCUUCAACCUCUACUCGGGCACCUGGCCCAACUACACCGAGGACCUGGGCUUUGACCUCGGCCAGGCCAUGCUGGCCAAAGCCAGCUUCUACACCCAGAGCUUCAGGCCCGGCUUCGACAUCUCCAUCCCGCUUUUCCCCAAGGACCACCCGCAGCGCGGCGGGGGGGAGGGGUGGCUGCGUCACGACUCCAUCCCCCCCCGAAAGAAAUACCUGCUGGUGUUCAAGGGGAAGCGGUACCUGACUGGCAUCGGCUCGGGCACCAGGAAUGCCCUGCACCACAUCCACAACGGCAAGGACAUCAUCUCACUCACCACCUGCAAGCAUGGCAAGGACUGGGAGAAGCACAAGGACCCUCGCUGCGACCAGGACAACGUCGACUACGAGAAGUUUGACUACCAGGAGCUGCUGCACAAUUCCACCUUCUGCAUCGUGCCCCGGGGCAGGCGCUUGGGCUCCUUCCGCUUCCUGGAGGCUCUGCAGGCUGCCUGCAUCCCCGUGCUGCUGAGUGACGGCUGGGAGCUGCCCUUCUCUGAAGUCAUCGACUGGAGCAAAGCUGCUGUCGUGGGCAGUGAGAGGCUGCUGCUGCAGAUCCCCUCCAUCGUCCGCUGCAUCCACCCGGAGCGCGUCCUGGCAUUCCAGCAGCAGACCCAGUUCCUGUGGGACGCCUACUUCUCCUCCGUCGACAAGAUCGUGCACACCACGCUGGAGAUCAUCAAGGACAGGCUGCUGCCGCACCGCUCCCGCUCCCGCUUCCUCUGGAACACGCUGCCCGGGGGGCUCCUGGCUCUGCCUGACUUCUCCACCCACCCCGGGGACUUUCCCUUCUACUACCUGCACCAUGGCUCCAGCCCCUCUGAGAAGUUCACAGCUUUCAUCCGGGUGGUCUCCUCAGCGGGGUCCCCUUCCCAGCCCAUCCUCAGGCUCAUCCAAGCUGUCUCUGGAUCCCAGUACUGUGCCCAGAUCCUGGUGCUGUGGAGCUGCGAGCAGCCACCACCGCCAAGGGGGAGAUGGCCCCAGACCACCGUGCCUCUGACCGUCAUCCAGGGCAGGGGAAAGCUCAGCGGCCGCUUCCUCCCCUACGCUGCCAUCCAGACGGACGCGGUGCUGAGCCUGGAUGAGCACAGCAGCCUCUCAACCAGCGAGGUGGAUUUUGCCUUCGUGGUGUGGCGCAGCUUCCCCGAGCGCAUCGUGGGCUUCCUGACACGGAGCCACUUCUGGGACCCCGAGCAGGGGCGCUGGGGUUACACUUCCAAGUGGACCAACGAGCUCUCCAUCGUCCUCACUGCCGCCGCCUUCUACCACAGGUAUUACCACAGCCUCUUCACCAAGUACCUGCCGGCGGGGCUGCGGGAGCUGGAGGACGGCCUGGCCGCCUGCGAGGACAUCCUGAUGAACGCCCUCGUGGCUGCCGUCACCAAGCUGCCCCCCAUCAAGGUCGCCCAGCACAAACAGCACAAGGACACUGUGCCCCAGCAGGUAGGCUGCGAGGAUGGAGCUGUGCAGAGCCCUCCAGCCAGGGAGUGGAGCCCCUCAGCCCCGCGCUCCGCUGCCGCCAAGGCGAAGGGCACGUCGGGGGCGGCCGGCGGUCUCCCCCAGCAGCAGGACUGCCUCAACCAGCUGGCUGACUGGUUUGGCUACAUGCCCCUCGUAUCCUCCCGCUUGCGCCUCGACCCCGUCCUCUUCAAGGAUCAGGUCUCCGUCCUGCGCAAGAAAUACCCCCGCCUGGAGAGACCCUGAGGGCUGCUGGGUGGCUCCGGCUGUCCUGUGCCCG